AUGGGGAAACUUUGGAGCAUUAACGUUCUUGUUUUAAUGCUGCUAAUGUUUCUGCCAGAAAAAUGCAUUAGCACACCCAAAAGUAACUUCUCUGAUCAAUCUGCCCUUCUUGCCUUCAAGGCUCACAUCAUUUUCGAUCCUCAAAACCUCUUGCAAAGCAACUGGUCCUCCGAAACCUCCUUCCGCAACUGGAUGGGCGUCUCAUGCAGUCUUCGCAGGCAACGAGUCACAGCACUGAAUCUUUCAAGCAUGGGACUAAUGGGGACCAUUCCACCACAACUUGGAAACCUUUCCUUCCUUCAGUUUCUAGAUCUUCGCAACAAUAGCUUCCACGACCAUCUACCCAACGAUAUAGGUAGUUUACGCCGAUUAAAGGCAAUGGAUAUGCGAUUUAAUGACUUAUCCGGCGUGAUUCCAGAAAGCUUUGGGAAUUUGCACAAGCUUCAAUAUUUUCGAUUCUUUAAAAGUAGUCUCACAGGUUCGCUCCAGAAGUUGUCAUCUAUCUCGUUAUCUAAUAACAGCUUUCAAGGGUCCAUUCCAGAAUCAUUUGGUGAUUUGGUAGCCUUGGAAAUCUUGGAUUUCCUCCGCGGACAAAUUCCAAGCGGAGGACCAUUUGCAAGCUUCACUGCUCAAUCUUUUAUGGCGAACAAGGCUCUCUGUGGCCCUUCUCGGCUGCAAGAUGUCGACGAAGAGUACCUUCAUCAUGGAUAUUCAACUCCAGUGGUGCAUUGUGAUCUGAAACCGAGCAAUGUGUUACUAGAUGAAGACAUGGUUGCACACGUGUGUGAUUUCGGCAUUGCAAAACUUUUAGGUGAAAGCGAAUCCAUCGCACAGACCAAGACGCUUGCUACAAGUAUGGACUGGACGGACUUGUUUGAUGUCCACAGUUUUGGGAUCAUGUUAAUGGAAAUAUUCACACGAAAAAAGCCUACAGAUGAAAUGUUUGAGGGAGAAAUGAGCUUGAAAAGAUUGGUCAAAGAAUCAUUUCCUGAUUCAGUAAUUGACAUCGUGGAUGGCAAUAUGUUGAACACAGGAGACGGCGACUCCUUAAAAGAGAAGCAUUGUGUCACAUCUAUAAUGGAGUUAGCUCUGCAAUGUACUAAUGAAUCACCUCAGGAGAGGAUCAACAUGGUUGAAAUCCUGGCAAGGCUUAAAAAGAUCAAGGGGGAAGUCUUGAGAGCUUGGGCUGCGAAUGUUAGCGAUUUUGGCAUUGAAAAAGCUCUUGAUGUGAAACCAGGAUCCUUGCCAGCAUGUCCAUCAAUUAGUGGUUGA